GGCUCCACCUCACCUUGUUCGCUCAAGGAACACUCAAGCAUGGACUCUCUGCCGACAGAGCUACUGUUGGUUAUUAUCGACCUUAUUAUCCUCGAUCAGCCCAGUCUCGCCUUAUGCAACCAACUGAACAAAAAGUGGCAUAGUCUCACUCGGCACCUUCUUUACAAGUCGCCAAGACUGCGCCGUCUCUCUGCACUCGAGGAGUUUCUGAGCGCUGUGGACACAUCAGAGAUGGUCCAAUACCUCCGCUCGCUUGACAAUUCGACUUGCCACAACUCUGCAAACUCGCCCAUGGAUACAAGCACUUCCCCAUCAAUAUCAGUAUCAGCAGCGUCUCGAUCUGGAUCUGUUCAGGCAUCUUCAACAACCGCAACAACAGCAGACACGUUUAACGUGGUAUCUUCAACAUUCACACCAUUAGACAUGCCUGUCGGAGCCCUUGUUAGGAUAAUCGAUCUGUCAAUGCUGCCUCACCGCUGGGACAGCGUGCAUAUCGGAAUGAUCCAUUCCCUCAUACAGGGCUGUCCGUUUAUCACCACUCUCAAUCUCAGCCAUUGCAUCCUUCUGCGCGACAAUGCCGUCCAAUUCAUUGCCGAAGAACUUGGUCCCCGGAAUUUAAAAUCUCUAGUCUUGUCCGGCUGUGUCAAGAUUUCGGAUCUGGCUAUACUCUCGCUGUGUGCCCAUGCUGCGGCACUAGAAAACCUGGAGCUCUCUGGUUGUGAACGGAUCAGCGACAUAUCGAUAUUGGAAAUUGGAUCAGCGGUUAUUACCAAGGUGCCUACUCAACAAAACUCAAGGAGUGCCCGGAUAUUAGGGCAGGGCAACGACAAUGGCCAAGUACCCUCAUCACCGAAGGGAAUCUCAAAGUCGCUCAGGAGCCUUGACCUGUCGCAUUGUACCAGGAUCACGGACACAGGGAUCAUGGGAUUGCAGAUGGGUGCAACUCAGCUCACCUCUUUGAACUUGAUGGGCUGCUAUGGCGUGCUGAUGGCCGACGACGGCAUGGUUUCAGACGAGUGGGAAGACCUGGACAUUUUGGAUCAGGCUGAUGUGUUAGAGGAAGGCAUCGACAAUCACUCUGUGGAUAACGAAGGGCAUUGAUAGGAUGUUGAAAUCCAUACCAGACCCUAAUAAAGGCGGCGGACGCCUGCUCAUAUUUGAUUGUGGUGCAGGAAGACGAAACACCGAUAUAACUCUUCUUGUUUCCUCACCAACUUUUGGUUGUUACACAAAUACCUGUUAUUGUAUACGUGAUUUCAAAACUUUAUUUGCCAACACCUUCCAAAUUCAUCUCGAAAUAAAGAUCGCCUUCCAGAAGGUCCUCCGC